AUGGGUUCAUCAACAUCAUCAUUACCACCAUCUAUCAGAAAUUACCCUGUAAUUAUUAAAACAAAAAAUGGAAAACAAUUUUCUAUGAUGUAUCAUUCAUUAAAUGAACAUAUUCUUUUACUUUGGAAAGUUAUUAAUCAUCCAGAAAUGACACAAGAAGAACCGGAAUUAAAUUAUUAUAUUAAAGAUUAUUGUAAACGAAUGAAUGAACUUGUUGAUAAAAAAUGUCCAAAACUUAUUAUAGAUUGUGAUAAACAAGAUAAAUUAAAGAAAUCAAAAAACCCAUUUUCAUCGAACAACACUAAUUUACAAUUUAUUCCGUCGAUUGAUUUAAGAAGUGCUGUUAUUCGACAAAAAGAUUUUAAUCGUAGUAUUCCUAAAAAUAAUGAGCGUUAG